CACACAUUAUAUUUACAUAUAGCGACAUAAUUACACUGUCGAUUAGAUUUCGGUUUCGGCGCGCGCCCUCCUACUUUUCGCACUUCUCCUUUUAACUAGGCGCACUGCGCUUUUACGCACGACUCCACUGACUUUCUGUAGCAGUGCAGAGUGUCAUGAGGACCGUCAGUGUAUGAGCGACAAGCUGCCAUCUCUGCUCGAUGAUGAUCAUCCUGCCUGCUCUGUUAAUUCUUUGGGGAGAAGCGGCUCAGUGCCUGGAGGAGGAUGGAAGAUUUAACUUAAAGGGAGACCUCCGUCACUUCGCCGUGGCCAAUGGCACGGUUUACAUCGCUACUGAGGAGAUGCUGUACCAACUAAACCACGACCUGACUCUGGUCCGGAGUCUGAGCCAGAGAGGAUUCUUGGCACACAUUCCUGGCACAUCUGAGCUGAAGUUAAACCGAUCUUCUGAUAAGGGGAACGUUACGUUCAGUGUCAACAUGUUAUUACCGCAUGUUGCAGACGAAAAUGUGAUAGUUUGCGGUGUUAUUGAUAAGGGGUGCGGUUAUUGUGAACUGUUGGACUUCAAGAACAUUGCCAAUGUUCUGUACUGGGAAGAAAUCGAGGUAGGUUCUUUGUGGCGCAGCAGUGCGUCCGUGAGCCUCCUGGUGAGUGUGGAGACUCAGACCCGGGCAGAGACUUACAUUCUCACCGCCGUGCAGCAAUACAAGGAAGAGCCGACAAAGACAGGCUGCCCACCUUUGUCAGAUGCAGUGAACCUUUGUAACACGAAUAACAAUCAACCAGGACUAAUAUUUUCUAUUAAUAGCGAAGACAUAGAUCCUGCGAUCACACGGGAAGACGAUGUGGAGUUUGUGGAUGGAUUUCAGAUGAAUUCCAUCAUCUAUCUUUUCUCCAAUCUGCCCUCAAAAGACAGAAACAACAAAGUCCGUCUCCUUUGGCUUGAAGGCAAAGAAGGCAAAUAUCAGACUCUGAAGUCGCUCCGGGGCGCAACUCUCAGAGUCUCUGAUGGAGAGAAAGGACUCAGACUGAUCGCCUCCUCGGUGAUCCCGGGCGGUCCGCCGGUGCUCUGGUGCGGCGUGUUCAGUGUGGACGGAGGACAAACCAACACCGAGCUGGUGCUGUUCGACAUCAGCCCUGAUCUCACCAGAGAGCAAGAUAUGGACCCGGACUUCUGCUCUGACUGUCGUGAUAAGAAAGAGGAUGAGCCAAAGACACUGAAGCCAAAGAAAGUGAUCUUCAAGCAGAAUUCCAUGACCUCUGUGCUGGCAGUGACACAGAAAAACUGGAUGGUUUUCUUCAUUGGGACGGGAGACGGGCAGCUCAUUAAGCUUGCUGUGGACAAGAAGUACCAGACCACGUGUUCCAGAGUGCUCUACAAAACCAGUGACGACCGCAAAGUGUUUCAGACAUUACAUCUAGAUAAGGUGGAUCUUAAACAUGUGUACGUGCCAUUUCAAAACCAGAUAAAUCGUGUUCCAGUGUCAAAGUGCAGCACUUACAAAACAUUGCAGGAGUGUUGGUCUGCACAGGAUCCGUAUUGUGUUUGGUGUGGAUCUGAAAAAAGCUGUACGUUUGAAGAUGACUGCAAAGACUCAGACUGGCUGUCCAUUCCUGAUGAUUCUCAACAGAAGAUGGUUUCAUACAAAGUUGCACAGGAAAACACUGGACAGAUCACACUUACCAUCCAGAUGCAUCUGUCGGUGGGCAAGAGUGCACGUUCUAACUUCAUCUGUCAAUUAGAACAUUUUAAAAUGAAAAACCCUGAACUACAAUUCCCACAGUGCACCUUCAUACUUGAAAAUACUACAUUUCCUACUCAAGGACUGCCUAUUAAACUUAAGGUUGGACUUGGGACGACAGAACUGUUAGAACGGCUGAACCUUCUCAACUGCACCAAAAUUAGUGGACCACCAACAUCUGUCUUGUGUCGGCAGUGCAUUGAUGCUGGGUGUAGCUGGACCACAAACGGAUGUUCCUGGGCCAAUAAAGGAGUAGGAAAUGACGGUGUUUGCCAGAUGAUGGAGUCAUGGAUGAACUUCUCAAGACCACAGAUCUCCUCCAUCACUCCCAGUGUUGUGUCCUUCUACGGCAGAAACAAUGCAGUGUUGAAGGGUUUUAACCUCAGUUCUGUGAUCAGAGUGAGGUUCCAGGCAGACUGCACACCACAAGAGUUUCCUGUUUGGGACAACACUGGUGAAAAUCUGACCUUUCACAUUCCCAGUGCAGAAAAUAAAGGAGUAGUCAAAGUAUGCCUUCUCCUCCCAGAUGGCAGUUGCCAUGGCAGCGCCAAAAUCACCUACCGAUCGGCACCAUCCUGCACGAGUAUUUCACCCAAAAGCACUUGGAUAAGUGGGAACCGGAAGAUCAAAUUAAUGGGAUCUCUCCUGGAGCUUGUGGAAGCUAUCAAACACAGCAAAGUCCUGCAGGAAGUCAGACUGCCCAGUCACAACACCUAUCAGGCUCUACAGACUCUCACCUAUGACUCGCCUGCAGCUACAAACGCUUACUCGACUUUUUCGAGCACUUUGUCUCUGAAAGUAGCAAAUGAAACCUUGCCCUGUUCCACAACAAUAACCUACUACCCAGACCCUGAGUUUACAAGCUUCUCUUCUACAAUGACAGGGGACGAUGUCCGCAUCACCAUACAGAAAAAGGCAGACAAACUAGGGAUGAACAUAACAGAGUUGUCUGUGUGGGGCAUUCAUGAAGAAAACCGACACCCCUGCAUCAUGGUGGACCAAGAAACCAAUGAUGAGACUGAGAUUGAAUUUUUCACCUGUGAGAUCCAAAACACUCGCAUUACAAAAUUUCGGGAGUUAGAGAUACAGUAUGGAGACAAUACAAUAAGUCUUAAAUCUACAUUCCAUCUGUACUUUCUGAUACUGCUUGUCCUCCUGCUCAUACCUUGCAUUAUUGUUGCUGUAGUGAUCAUCUUCCGAAGCAAACAAAAGAAGUUCACUGAAAAGAUGAACAGGGUUAUGGAAGACCUGGAGCUCGACAUCAGGAACGACAUUAGACAAGGUUUUGUUGAUCUGCAGACGGAGCGAGCCGACCUGAUGGAAAAUGUUGGAGCCAUUCCUUUCCUGGAUUACAAGCACUUUGCCUCCAGAAUCUUCUUUUCUGACACUAACCCUGAGAGUGAAGCGUUCAGGAAAUUGUGUAUCAAAGACAUCGGUCAGGAUGCGGUGAAGGUUCAACUUGAUGAGUCAUGCAAUGGCUUAUCCAGGCUGAUCCAGGACCCGCUCUUCCUCACAUCCAUGGUGCACGCUCUGGAGGAGCAGAAGAGCUUCAACCUUAGAGAGAAGUGUGUGCUGGCAUCACUACUGACUGUAGCACUCCACAACAACUUGUCGUACCUGACGGAGGUGAUGGAGGCUCUGCUGAAGGCUCUGAUGCAUCAGAACAGUAACACUCAGCCCAAACUGCUUCUUCGACGCACCGAGUCCACCGUGGAGAAACUGCUGACCAACUGGAUGUCCAUCUGCAUGUACGGCUUCCUCAGGGAAACGGUUGGUCAACACCUGUUCCUGAUGGUGAGCGCUCUGACGCAGCAGAGUGCCAAAGGACCCGUGGACUGCGUGACAGAGAAGGCUCUGUACACACUCAGCGAAGACUGGCUGCUGUGGCAGGCUCAAGACUUCACCUCCCUGAAGCUGAAGGUGCUGUUUGCUGUGGGCGUUGAUGGAGAGGUCAGCGAGCCUCUGGAGGUGAACGCUCUCAGCUGUGACUCAGUAGAACAAGUCAAAGAGAAAAUCCUGUCCACCUUCAAGGCCAAGUUUGGUUUCCCCUUCAUCACGCCCCUGAGGGACGUUUGUAUCGAGUUUGAGAAGAACGGAUCGUUUGUUCCUCUUGAAGAAGUGGACUCGAGCUCAGAGGUGAUCGGGGAGGUGAUGAUGCUCAACACACUGAAGCACUACAAGGUUCCUGACGGAGCGACAAUCAAAGUGCUUUCGAAAAAAACUCACCCUCCUCUGAGCCCACAGGGGAGUCUGAAGGAUGACGAGAACUUCUCUGGGAAAUAUUUCCAUUUGAUUGAUCCGGAUGUCGAUGAGGACCAGAGGAAGAGCCCAGAGAGGAAGAAGUUAAAACUGAAGGAAGUGCACCUCACCAAGCUGCUCUCCACCAAGGUGGCGGUGCACUCGUUUGUGGAGAACCUGUUCAGAUCGAUCUGGGGGAUGCCACACUGCAGAGCCCCACACGCUGUCAAAUAUUUCUUUGACUUUCUGGACACUCAGGCGGACAACAUGAAGAUCACUGACCCAGAUGUCCUGCACAUCUGGAAGACAAACAGUUUGCCUCUGCGCUUCUGGAUCAACAUCCUGAAAAAUCCACAGUUUGUCUUCGACACGGAGAAGACGCCAAAUUUGGACGGCUGCCUGUCAGUCAUCGCUCAGGCCUUCAUGGACUCUUUUUCUCUGAGCGAGAUUCAACUGGGGAAGAAUUCUCCGACGAACAAGCUCCUCUAUGCCAAAGACAUCCCCAAGUACAAACAGGAAGUCCAGCUUUACUACAAGCAGAUAAGGGACCAGCCGCUAAUCACUGCCUCAGAAUUCAAAGACUUUCUGCUGGAGGAGUCGAAGAAACAUGAAAACGAGUUCAACGAAGCUGCCGUCCUCAGGGAGCUCUACAAAUUCAUCCAGCGAUACUUCACAGAGAUCAAAGAGAAGCUGGACCAAAACGGAGCUCCUGCUGAGCUGAUUGAGCAGCUGCAUGAAGUGAAAAACCAGUUUGAUGGACUAAAAAGCUGCUCCUGGAAUUGAGCUGCCUCCUUUUACUCAAAUGAACAAACUCUGAAGGACGUGGUGAGUGUGAAGCUCUGAUGAAGCCGUCAGGAGAAGACUGAGGAGAGGCCUGUAACAUCCCCUGCUAUGGCGGACAUGAAGAGCUGAACAUGAGCUUAAAGGAGGUACCAGCCUUAUGAUCCAGCGGGGUGCUUUGUGUCUCAUGAUUUCUUGGUUUUUUUCACCGAGGAGACAAAAGUUUGUCGACGUUCUGAAUAUUGGCAUUAAAAUAUCCAAACUUGAAGAUACCGUCCUGGACACUUUUAACUGGAAGGACUGACGGCGGGUUCUAUGCAACAACUUCAACGUCAAAAACACCAAUACUGACUGUUACGACUCAUGACUGCACACACAAACAAAACCACAGUAAAAAAAUGUAUCUGUACAUAUUUUAAAAUGCAUUUAAAGUACAGCAAAAGUCUGUAUCAACAUUGUGCAGUUUGUAUAAACUCAACUGUAUAAUAAAACAUUUAUGACAUGA